UUGACCCCGAACCAGGGCACUGAGGCCGGACAAGCCAUCGAGGAUGCGUUCAUUCUGGUUUCCGUCCUCGGCCACCCCUCCACUGAUCGCCAGACUUUGGAGACGGCGCUGCAAGCGUACGAGCGCGUGCGACUGCUCAUAGCGAACCACGUCUUGCGGGGUUCCAGAGAAUCCGGAGACAUACGAGACGACCUGGCUGCGCUCGGACUACAAAUCGGCCGGCAUUGGGAUCGGCUGUGGAAGUCGACGGCGCAAGGCGAGCGGGACAGGGCAAUCGGGAUGCUCCAGUCAACGAAAGCGAAGUUGUAG